UAAAAGAAUAAGUCUUGGAGAGGUCUUCAGCUCGAUUCCUAUAAAAGAAUUUUUUUUUUUCCAAAUUUCUUAGGUUUUUCUUCAAUUAGCGUUUAGGCAUUAUUGUCCGAUCCGUUGGUGAUCUAAACUUGUCCGUUAAAAGAAGGUUUUACUCACACGCAAUAGUAGAUAUUUGGGAACUAGAUGCAUGCAUCGAUAGUCGCACACAGAACUUUUAUUUUCCACCGAACACUCUCUGUUGGCGCUCUUUUUGUCGUUUCCACCACCGCCCCACCAAACCGUGUGCCACCCCUUGUUUUAAUCGUCAAUCAAAAACCAUAUAAAUAUACCGAACAACACCUCUCCGUCGUCAACAACCAAACAAAUCUCCAAAAAACAUUCAAAAUGUGUCGUGGGUUUCAACCAGUUGAUCAAGCACAACGUCUCUUCAACAUCAAAUCUUUUCAUCUCAUCUUAAAUCUUUCCAAACGCCCCAAAUCCUUACCUGACACCCUCACGCUACACUAUCUCCCUAGAAUCACGGGUGGACCGUUUGAGAUAAACGGGUCGGGUGUGAAGCCGGAUGCACCGGUGUUUGUCACACUCUACAGGGUGGUGACCGGAGAGUACAACAAGUCCGGUGAGGGCGAAGUGGUGUAUGGGAGUAGAGAAAGAGUGAAGGUGAGUGAAGGGGUGAGGUUUGAGGUGUAUGUUAAAGAGGAGAAGGUGGUGAAGGGUGGGUUUAGGAAGUGUGGUGGUGGUGGUGAGUGGAGGAUGGAGUGUAGGUGUGGGUUGGAAGGUGAGGGUGGUGGGGUGGUGAAGGAGGUGGAGGUGGUGGUGGAGGGGGGAGAGACAGAGGUGAUGAGAGAGAAGGUGGAGAUGGUGGUGAGGAGGAGGAAGAGGAGGUGUUUUGAGGGGUUGGAGGAGAUACCUGAGCAAGAGAGUGAGGAGGAGGAGGAGGUGGUGGAGUGUUGUUGUUGUGAAUGUAGUGGUGGUGGUGGUGGGGAGGAGGAGGAUGGUGGUUGUGAGGUGGAGGUGGAGGUGGAAGGGGUGAGGUGGGCUGUGGAUGUUGGGAUUUGGGUGGUGUGUUUGGGUGUUGGGUAUUUGGUUUCUAAAGCAUCUUCAAAGAGUGUGAGGAGGAGGAGGUUACUUUAUUAACCUUUGAAGAGUUUAAAGAUCAUGAUUCAUGUUUGCAAGACAAGACAUAAUUUGUGUGUACAUAGAAGAUUGAUUACAUGAACAGUUUUGAAGUUUUGUUUCUUUUUUUUUUGUAUAGUUGUUUUUGGAUUAACAUUUGGAAUACAUGUUAAUCAACAAAAGAAUAUCAAUGUUGUAGUUUACUUCUAUUUAAGAUGUAACUAUAGCCAAUUUGCCAAGCAAUAUGUGCCCUUCUGCAAGCA